UUAUUUUGUCCCAAAGGCCCUGCCGUAAUAAUGCCGUAGAAUAGCUGUCGAUGUCGUAAAUUCGAAUUUCUUCCUCAGAGGUCACAACAAGCAGUUCAGAAUGGGAGGUGAUCACGGCCACAGCAAGCCGUCCUUGCCAGACUGGCGACAGUGGAAGGUGGAAGGAACGCCAAUGGAGUUUACACAGCAGCGGCUGGCAGCCAGAGGCCUCAAAGACCCAUGGGCACGCAAUGAAGCAUGGAGGUAUUCAGGCGGCUUCGCUCGUGCUGUGACUCUUUCAGACGUUCUGUUGAAAGGAUUUAAGUGGGGCUUUGUUGCUUUUACUGUCGCUCUAGCAAUAGAGUACACCAUGUUUCCUCCGAAGAAGGGUGGCCACUAAAACUAAUUUCCCUCAAAGCUACACCAUCCCUAAUGCAGUGUAUUAUUAUCUGUUAAAUAAAUGUCUUAUUGAUCA